AUGGCGACCUUCUUCCGCGAUGCACGAACGCUCGUUGAAGUCGAUGCCAACCUCAUGCAAAGUGUCAUUAAUGAGCUGGCCGGAGAGGCUGGCUUGCGUGUUAUUCGAGAACUUGUGGAGACGAAUUUUGCACAGGCUGGUGCGAGUGCUAAGAGCAGCAUCUUCGCGUCACAGGUGUUGCCCCUGCUCGAGACGAUUUCGCACCCACAGGUGCUAUCGUCACUGGUCCUCGAGCAGUCGGUCGGGACUAUCUUCAACGUGCUCUUUGGCAUCAAUGGUACUAGAGCCGUGCUGCUGCUAAGCUCGAUCUGCGAUGUCCUGGCAUCCAGUAACAAGGAUGAGGCCGUUGCAGGGUGGAUGGAAGUUGCUCUCCUUGUCUUCGCAAAGAUAGUGGACUUCAACUCUACCGCGUUUGUCCUAGAAUCUCUCAAGGAUCAAGCGAACAGAUUCCAGGAGGGUUUCCUUCAGUUGAAUGAAGCCGGCUUGGAGCAGUCGCUGCAUCACGCACGCGUUCACCUCGAGCAUAUUCUGCGUCGCUUGGAAAUUGGAAGUCUACUACCUGCUGCGUCUACCAACUACAAGAAAAAAGGCGAAACCAAGCCUCCCGUUUCUUUCCACAUCCAACGCGAUCCCCCUGGCGGCCGCCACGACAACGACCAUGUUGAUGUUGGGAAGAUCGCCAUCAUGCCGACUCUGGCGGAGAUUCAGAGCGCGCGCACAGAGUAUCUCCCCGUGAAUGAUCCCGCUCAGUGGCAUGUCGGUGGUCUUGAAGGAUUGCUGGAUCGCAAUUUCCGUCUUGUACGGGAAGAUACGAUUGGACAAUUGCGAGAUGCAAUCCACCAAGAGCUCAGAGGCCCUCAGAGAUCCGGUAGACGACAGAGCCAGAUGCGAACGCAUGUCUAUCCUCAUGCAAGGAUGGAAGAAGUGUGCUUUGAUAAGUUCGCGGGUCUUCAGUUCAGAGUUGCCGUUCCUCAGCUGCCACAGGUCCGCGAGAUGAACGCUAAGGAUAGAGAAAAUUGGUGGUCCCUGUCCAAACGGUUGCAGUCGGGUGCUCUGGUGUGCUUGACGAUGCAUGGCCAUGUCAGGCAGACUAUCCUCUUCUGCACGGUAGUCAAUGAGCAAAACCGAUCAUCCAGGAGAAUGACCGAAGCUGACAAGGACGACAGAAAGAAAGAGACAUCGCUGUGGAUGGACCCAAAGAAAGCGUCCCUCAAACUGACACUGGUAGACACGGGGCUACGGGAUGUCCGUACAGUAUUGAACAACUUGCUCAAUAAGAGAGAGUUCUCCAUCGUCGAGUUCCCUGGCAUCCUGCUGGCUAGCUUUGAACCAACUCUGCGAGCCCUGCAAUCCAUCAAGCAGACCGGGCAGCUGCCGUUCUUCGACAUUCUUGUCCCCAACGACGACAACGAUCCGGUGGAUGUCCCACCUCCAUUGUAUGCUCUCAGGCCCGGGUUUAGCUUCAACCUUCGCUGUUUGAUGACCAAUGACGCUGAUUUCCAUGUUCGGCCAAACGAACCAGUUGAUCUGGAGAGCUUGCACAGCCAUUCAACCCUUGACCAGGCUCAAGCCGCAGCGCUGGUGCAUAGCCUCCAACACCGGAUUGGCCUGAUCCAAGGUCCUCCCGGCACAGGGAAGAGCUUCACAGGCGUGGCACUUAUCCGAGUGCUACUGGCCAACAGGAAAAAGAAUCACCACGAAAAGACGGAUAUUGGGCCAGUGCUAUGCGUCACCUACACCAACCAUGCUUUGGACCAGUUGCUAGAAGCUCUCAUCGACAAGGACGUGACCUCGCAGAUUAUUCGAAUCGGCUCCCAGUCCAAAUCGGACCAACUGCAACCCCUCAACCUCAGAAAGAUCGCGAAAGAUGCGGAGAAGACGAGGAGGGAGCGCGAGGCUCAGUAUCAUCUUCAUCGAGAGCUGGAGGAGUAUGAGAAAGAGUUCGCCACCAUUGGAGUCAACCAGAACUUGCUUGCGACACAUAUUAUCCUACAUCUCCGGCAAUCCUACCGACACUAUUAUGCUCAGAUCUUUGGUGAGAGUGAGAAGGGGUGGGAAGCGGUUCGUCAGAGCCGGCCAGCCGCUGUUCUACGGGGCUGGAUUAAUUCUGGGAAACCAGGAGAUGGUACAACCAGGCAUUUUGAAGACCUUCAGGGGCUCGAUCUAUCUGCACUAUCCCGACCUGAGAGAGAGGCGUUCUAUCAGGCUUUGGUGAGGGAGGUCACUGAGAAAAUGCAUGGAAAACUCACCAGGCUCUGCUCGUCGCAUCACAAAGCCAAGUCCAUGUUCGACAACGUCCGGGAUGAAGGAGAUCUUCGCUGCUUGUCCACAGCAGAUAUUAUCGGCGUCACCACAUCCGGACUGGCGCGCAACUUGAAAAUGCUCCGAAAACUUCGGUCAAAAGUGAUUAUCUGUGAAGAGGCCGGUGAGGUAUUGGAGGCACAUCUCCUCACGGCUCUGUUGCCGUCGGUGGAGCAUGUCAUCUUAAUCGGUGACCAUCUGCAACUUCGCCCGCAGAUUCAGAACUAUGAGCUUUCGCGCGAGAACCAUAGAGGUGGUGAGCAGUAUUCUCUGGAUGUUUCGCUGUUUGAGCGUCUUGUCGAAUCGAGGGCUACGAGCAUGGGUCUCGGUCUUCCCUUCUGCACAUUAGAGACGCAGCGCCGCAUGCACCCUUCCAUUGCCGAACUGGUUCGUGCCACGCUUUACCCCCAGCUGAAAGAUGCUGGUUCUGUUGCGGAGUACCCUGAGGUGGUAGGCAUACGCAAGAGGCUGUUCUGGCUCGACCAUCGCAAUCCCGAGGCGGGUAUCUCUGACACUCAGAACAGUGUUAUGGCGACGUCUCACUGGAACGAACAUGAACUUGGUAUGACGAUCGCUUUGGUCAAUCAUCUAGUGCGCCAAGGGAAAUACCGUAACGGCGAAAUCGCCGUCUUAACUCCAUACCUGGGCCAGCUGCACCGGCUGCGCCAGUUGUUCUCUCGGGCUUUCACCGUCACGCUCGGAGAACGGGACGCGGAUCAGCUUGAGACCGCCGGAUUUGAAGUUAAGGAGGACUCUAGCAGUGAAGCCACGCGAGCGACUCUCCUGCAGACAUUGCGAGUGGCCACGAUUGACAACUUUCAGGGCGAAGAAGCUAAAGUUGUCGUGAUAUCGCUGGUGCGGAGCAAUCCACAAAACCGCUGUGGAUUCCUGCGAACAUCCAACCGGAUCAAUGUUCUUCUUUCUCGCGCACAGCAUGGGAUGUACAUCAUCGGUAACUCAGAGACAUCCGCUCAUGUCCCCAUGUGGGCCCAGGUUCUCGAGAUCCUGCGCCAGUCGGAGAGCAUUGGACCAAAGCUCGAGUUGCAGUGUCCUCGGCAUCCCGAUACGCCAAUUCCUGUGUCGGACCCCGAGGACUUCGUGCAGCUAUCUCCUGAAGGAGGCUGUAAUAUGCGAUGCAUCAAUCGGCUUCCCUGCGGCCACGCCUGUGAGCAAAAGUGCCACUCGGAGAUGCUUCAUAAUGCUGUAUAUUGCCCACAGCCGUGUCCCCGUCCGCGCAAGGGAUGUACUCACUCAUGCGUCAAGCGCUGCGGCGACCAAUGUCCCACCAAGUGUAUGGUCGACGUGCACAAGGAAGACAGGAUGCUCAAGUGCGGUCAUUCCAUGCCUACUCUUCCCUGUUGGCAGGAUCAGGAUCUUUCGCUGGUCAAAUGCGCAGUGCUCGUGACGAAGACAGUCGAACAUUGCAAGCACGAGGCUCUGGUCCCAUGCCACCAAGACGUGACACUCCCUCGGUUCAGAUGCACCACGCAAUGCAGCGCCUUCCUGCCAUGCGGACACACAUGCAAGCGCCAGUGCAAUGCCUGCCUGCGGGUAGUCGAUCAGCAAAAGUCCUACGACCAUGGAAAAUGCCAACAGAAAUGCGGCCGCAAGUACUCCACCUGUGCUCAUUUCUGCGCUGCCGCGUGCCAUGGGGAACAGCCUUGCCCGCCGUGCGAUGCACCGUGCGAUGUCCGAUGCGGGCACUCAAAGUGCACCAAGAGGUGUCGGGAGCCGUGCACGCCCUGUGCUGAGGGAGAGUGCUUUUCGCAAUGCCCGCACACCGCGUGCUCGAUGCCCUGCGCGGCACCCUGCAACCACAUACCCUGCUCGAAACGGUGCAGUAAGACGCUCAGCUGCGGCCAUCAGUGUCCGUCUGUGUGCGGAGAAGCGUGUCCAUCGGAGAAAUACUGCCAGCUCUGCGGAAACGAGGACCUCAAAUCCCAGGUCGUGGACUUCAUUAUGGGCGAGACGUACGCCGAGAUCGAUCUCGACCAGAACCCGUGCAUCUUCCCCGCCUGCGGGCAUUUUCUGACCAUGGAGAGCAUGGACGGCCAGAUGGAUAUACGGCAGCAUUAUGAAGUCGACGAAGAAGGACGGCCGAUCUCGAUCGCAAACGCAUCCCAGCCAUUUUCCAUGCAGGAUAUCAAGUCCUGCGCUACCUGUCGCGGGCCGCUUCGUGAUAUCGCUCGGUAUGGUCGCCUCGUCAGACGGGCGCUUCUGGAUGAGUCGACGAAGAAAUUCAUUCUCUACGUGAACCGAGAAUAUGUUCCACUGGAGGAAGAGCUCACGCGGCAGGUCCAGCAACUGCAGGACACGGAGACCAGGAGGAGUCUUACCUGGGCGACGCAUGACAUCAAGAUCGACGGCUUGAUUCAGAACCACGUGAAGGCCAUGACGAAAAUCAUCCACCAGUCUGCACCAGGAAGAUGGAAGAAACUCAUCGAGCUUCGCAAUAGGGUACUCGCCUACCGCAAGCAGGUCGCCCUGGACGAGCAGCCCUACAACCGGGUGCGCAGCAUGGUCGAGAACGUCAAGAGGCGCAAGAACACAGACAGCCACGACCAACUCGACUUCGACGACACGGUCCUCCAAACCAAAGGCGUCCUUCUCGCCAGCGCGCUCAGCCUGCGUCUCGACCUCGCCCUCCUCUCUGAUUUCCUCACGGUCAAAGACCGCGCCUCCAAUACAGCCAGUAUAACAAUCACCCUCGCCCUCCCGCAAACCAAAAACGAAUGCUUCGCCCUGACCAACCUCGCCCAAGAAUCCGGCCGAAUCCCACAGCAGGCUGAAGGAUACAUUCUCCUCGCGCGCACCCACGCGCUCGAACGCUCGCAGACGACCUCCCCCGCCGCCGCCGAGACGCAUCUCCGCGACGGAUCAGCAGCGCUAGACAAAGCCCGGGCGCUAUGCUCGCAACACCCGUCGCAGACGAGGGGUCUGCCCGCGGAGAUCGACGGCGUGGAGAACAUGCUCCGCGGAUCGACGUUCUACGCUGUUGUGACGAACGAGGAGCGCAUGGCGGUGAUCGCAGCUAUGGCGCGUGAGUUCCAUGGGACGGGACACUGGUAUCACUGUCGCAAUGGGCAUCCGUUUACGAUUGGGGAGUGUGGCGGGGCGAUGCAGGAGUCGUCGUGUCCAGAGUGUGGUGCGCCGGUUGGAGGGAGAGAUCAUCGGGUUGUUGAGGGGGUUAGGCGGGCGGAGGAUCUGGAGGAGUUGUUGGGGAGAAUGCAAGUGUAG